GGGUCUUGGUUCCAAUGGCCUUUCCUUAGACUUUCCUUCAUACCCCCUAGAGGUGCCCCCUUCCCUAUCAUAGCUCCUCAGUGUUCACUAAUCUAAAAUUGUAUUCUUAGUGUACCUUGUUGAUGUAUUUGUCAAAUGUUUAUUGAACUCACAGUAUGACAGGCACUGAUUUAGGCGCUAGAGUGAACAAGAUAAAGUUCUCCUCCAUUCGCUAUGGCCCCCGUACUAGCUUAAUAAAUACUUGCUGAUUGAAUGAAUGGGUACAACAGUCUUGUAAGGAGGAGUUCAUUGGUCUUGUUUCCAUAUGAAGUCAUGACUUGGGUGUGACAAGAGCUGAAUUUGAACUUGGAGCUGUCUUCCCUCCAGUUACCUCCUCCUACCCCUCAUUUUUACUGCCCUUGCCUACGACCAGGUUUUUUUGGCUAAUUCCAUUCUCUCAGCCUGGUGAUCCAACAGUCACCAAGUCACAGAGUGGGGCCAGUGGGAAGGGUCCUGGGCUGGAGGAGCAAGAGGUAUACGAUGAAGCCUGCCUCUGCCGUGUGACCUUGGAGAGUUCACAGUGCUUCUCUGGCCUGCUUCCCACAUGACCGAAGUGGGAAGAAAGUCCUCUGGAAAGCGUGGGUCUGAACAGACACACGAGGAGUUGUUCCCAGCGGCCACUGUGUUUCUGCUCUGGACAACUCCCUGGCUUCCCGGUGUCCCUGUGUCCUGGGCUGGCUCCCACCCCUCCAGGGGCCUUUGCCGAUGGCCUUGCCCGCACAGGCAGUUCUGGGCUUCUGCCAGGCUGUUGUUCCAUGUCUGAGUUCCUUCCCCAGGGAAUGACCCUCACCAGCCAGGAGGACUUGGGGAUGGGCAUCAUGCCAAGUGUGGUCUAGUGGCUCUUCUACCCACCAUCUGGCAGCUGGGACCCCUGCCAUGGCUUUGGCUCCUGACUGUUUAGAAAAGGACUUGGGGACGGGUUAGUGGUCUGCCCCCGGGGCCCUGAGCAUCUUCAGUCCUGCUAGUCCUGCUCUCCACCAGAGCUAAGCAUCCGCAGACUCCGGGCCUCAGUUUCCCCGUCAGAAUCUGGGACCGUUCCUGCCUCUGCACUCCACUCGAGGGGCGGGAUCAGUGGCGCAGGUGGGAGGAGGACCUGGAGAGCAGCCCCUCCCCCUCCCUGCCUGGAGUCAGCUCUGCAGCUGGGCGGGCGACUGCACCACUCGGUGCCGGCUUAUGGUGAAGGCGGCGCCCGGCGAUCCGGAGAGGCCGGAAUAGGGGACGGCCCUGGUGGCGCCCGCAGUCAUGGUGGUGUUCCUGGGCCGCCGCCUCCCGGUGCUCCUCGGGCUCUUUAAGAAGAAGGGCUCUGCCAAGGCUGAGAGUGACAAACGUCUAAGUGUGGGGCCUGGCCAGGGGCCAGGGUCCGUAGUGGAUGAGCACCAGGACAAUGUCUUCUUCCCCAGUGGGCGGCCGCCUCACCUGGAAGAGCUGCACACACAGGCCCAGGAGGGGCUCCGUUCCCUACAGCACCAAGAAAAACAGAAACUGAAUAAGGGUGGCUGGGACCAUGGAGACACCCAGAGCAUCCAGUCUUCCCGGAUGGGGCCGGAUGAAGAUAGCAUCUCCUUCUGCAGCCAGACCACAUCCUACACGGCUGAGAGCUCCACAGCAGAGGAUGCUCUCUCUAUCCGCUCAGAGAUGAUCCAGCGCAAAGGCUCUACCUUCCGACCCCAUGACUCAUUUUCCAAAUCGUCUGGGAAGUCAGGGCGGCGGCGGCGCGAGAGGCGGAGCACAGUGCUGGGACUGCCGCAGCACGUGCAGAAGGAGCUCGGCCUGCGGCACGAGCGUGAGGCACCAGGUAGCCCUCGGCCUCCUGGUCCUUGGGAUGCGCUGCGCAUCCCCACGGUGGACGGCCGCCCUGCGGGCCCGGUCUCGGCGACCGGCGCCCGGGUGUCCCUGCAGGCGCUGGAGGCGCAGGCCGAGGCUGGUGCCGAGGUGGAGGCCAUGCUGCAGCGCCACAUGGACCGUAUCUACCGGGAUGACACCCUCGUUGGGCGGUCCACUGGGCCCCGGCCCCCGCCGGUGAUCCGGCCCAUGUCCUUAGCGGUGCCCGGCCUGACGGGAGGGGCAGGGCCUCCAGAGCGCCUGAGCCCAGCCAUGUCCAUCUCGCCCCAGGCCACCUACUUGUCGAAACUGAUCCCGCACGCUGUGCUGCCACCCACCGUGGACGUGGUGGCCCUGGGCCGCUGCAGCCUGCGCACCCUGAGUCGCCGCAGCCUGCUCUCAGCCAGCCCGGCCUCUGUCCACUCGCUGGGCCGCUUCUCCUUGGCCUCCAGUCCGCGGCCCCGCAGCCGCCAGCCUUCCUCCUCCAGUGACACCUGGAGCCACUCUCAGUCCUCAGAGACGAUCGUGUCUGACGGCUCCACUCUCUCCUCCAAGGGUGGCUCUGAGGGUCGGCCCGAGAGCUCUGUGGCUAGCCAUAGUGUGGCACCCCUUCCCCAGGGGGGCAGCGGGAGGGGCUCUCCCAGCGGGGGUAGCGCGGCCGAGGCCUCGGACACCGUCAGCAUUCGGAGCAGCGGGCAGUUGUCGGGCCGGAGCGUGUCCCUGCGGAAGCUGAAGCGGCCCCCCCCGCCUCCCCGCCGGACCUACUCACUCCAUCAGCGGGGCCCGGCAGCCCCCGACGGGCCCUUGGGGUUGCCGCCUAAGCCUGAGCGGAAGCAGCCGCCGCAGCUGCCCCGGCCGCCCACCACUGGUGGGUCAGAAGGGAUGGGGGCAGCCCCCUGUCCCUCCAGCUCAGCGGGCACCUGGGUGCCUGGCUUGUCUCCAGGGGGCUCCCGGCGUCCCCCACGCUCCCCAGAACGGACGCUCUCACCCUCCAGUGGGUACUCGAGCCAGAGUGGUACCCCUACCCUCCCUCCCAAGGGUCUCACAGGGGCCCCUGCUUCCCCGGGCAAGGCCCAACCCCCUAAACCAGAGCGUGUCACUUCCCUUCGGUCUCCUGGGGCCUCUGUCUCCUCCUCCCUCACGUCUCUCUGUUCCUCAUCCUCUGACCCAGCCCCCUCAGACCGUUCUGGUACACAGAUGUCGACCACCCUGGGUGACAGGUUUGCCAUACCUCCUCACCCCAAGGUGCCUGCCCCCUUCUCCCCACCCCCUUCCAAGUCCAAGAGUCCUAACCAAGCGGCCCCUGCUCCGGUUACUCCUGCUGUGGUCCCUGGGCCCGUCUCUACCACUGAUGUGAGUCCUGAGCCUCUGCCAACUCCGCAGACCUCCCUGAUCCCACCACAGGAGUCUCCCGUUGCCUCCAAAGACAAGUCACCCCCACCAUCCCCACCCCCAUCUUACCAUCCUCCCCCCCCACCCACUAAGAAGCCAGAGGUGGUUGAGGCCCUGUCUGCCCCAGAGACUGCUGAGGAGCCCCUCCAAGACCCCAGCUGGCCCCCACCCCCGCCUCCUGCACCUGAGGAGCACGACCUGUCCAUGGCUGACUUUCCCCCACCUGAGGAGGCCUUUUUCUCUGUGGCUGGCCCUGAGCCUGCGGGCCCUCCAGACGCCCCAGAGCCUGUCAGAUCCCUGGCUGCUUCGUCCUUCCCAGUUACCGUCUCUUCCCAGAGCCAGCUCCUCAGUUCCCCAGAGCCGCCUCCAGCUCCACCAGCCCCACCUCCUGCUGCUUCUGUCCCAGGGCUUCUGGCCAAGGUCCCUCGGAAGGAACCAGUGGGCUGCAGCAAAGGCAGUGCGGCCCCCAGGGAGGAUGCUGGUGCACCCCUGGUCACGCCCUCGCUCCUGCAGAUGGUGCGGCUGCGCUCUGUGGGCGCUCCUGCGGUAGCCGCGACCCCGGCACCCGGGCCAUCCGCCCCCCAGAAGCCGCUCCGGAGGGCCCUGUCAGGGCGGGCCAGCCCAGCGCCUGGCCCCUCCUCAGGGCUCCAUGCUGCUGUCCGACUCAAGGCCUCCAGUCUGGCUGCCAGCAAGGACCCUGUGAGUGGCCAGCCCAAUGGACCACCUGAGGCGGAGCCACGGUCUCCCCAGUCCCCUGCCUCUAUGGCCAGCUUCAUCUUCUCCAAGGGCACCAAGAAGCUGCAGCUGGAGCGGCCGGUGUCCCCUGAGGUCCAGGCUGACCUCCAGCGGAAUCUGGUGGCUGAACUUCGGAACAUCUCGGAGCAGCGGCCAUCCCAAGCCCCAAAGAAGCCACCUAAAGCUCCCCCACCCGUGGCCCGCAAGCCCCCGGUGGGGGUCCUGCCAUCCACCUCCCCCACCUUUCCUCGGGUCGAGUCCCUUCCUGCUCCUCCCACUGACGGGCUCCUUCGAGCUGAGGACAGGACUAAGGGGGAGCCGGUGGAGAACGGAAGUGUCGUGCAGCUGGUGGGCCCCGAGGAGCAGAAGCUGGGCCCGCCUGGCUCAGACCCACAGAAAGAGCUGGUCUGACCACCAGGCACCUCGCUGGCACUGCUGACCCAUCCCAGGAACAUAAUCUCAGGGACCUGAGCAGCUCCAAGGACGAGAGAAUACGGCAGAUCUAGUAGAGAGGACGCCUGCAGCCUUAACCUUCACAGCCUUCGAUAUUUAUGCAAGCCUGGUGGUGAUCCUGUCCUCCGAGUCAUCCAGCACAUGCCUUUUCCCCCCGAAUGGAUUCCCCUCUGGCCGCUUGUCUUGGCCUUGGCCUCAUCUCGGAGGAGGUAGCUGGUGGGAGCGGGUGGCUGCGCCCCCUGCUGGCCUCGAGGCCGCACAGUUGGGAGCAGAGCAUCUCAUUUGAGUUUCUUUCCUUUUACCCCCCAUGUCCAAAUCAUGCACAUACGGUAGUCCCGAAUCAACGCACUUUUGAAAAGCAGCUGCAUGUCCAUCCUCCAGGGCCCACGAAGCCACAUUCCAAGGGCCUGUUUACAUGGCGGGCAGCAUCAGUCCCCGUUUAGCCAGCCCAUAGCUGGGACCAAUCUGACCCCUCCCUCUGAUCCGGUUUGCCCAUUUCUUAGUUCUUGGAGGUGGGCGAGUCACUAUUCCCACAGGUUUCUCCAGGCUGGAGGCAGGAGCGGGGCUGUGGAAUUCCAAAGCACAAAGGGUGCAGCAGGGGUUAGCCCUCCUGUGCCUCAACUUAGCACCAACCACCCUCCUUGCCUUCUAGUUCUGCCAGGUGCUCCAUGCCGGGGACAAGAAGUGGGGGACUGCCAGGGCCUAAACGGGGGUGGGGGUGGGGGAGAGGAACCAGACGGGAGGUCCACAGGCCUUCUGUCUUCAGAGAGUGGGAGAACGGAAUAGGGAGACAUCUCAGUGGGCACUUGGUGAUGCCAAGCAUCCGCCCCUUGUCUCACUGGGUCAGGUUGGGGUGGGCAGGCGCUACACUUCCAAGGCAGGAGCCCAUGGGCUGUGGCAAAGCUGUGUCCCUUUCAGCUGGGCAGGAAGUCCUGAGGAGGUGGGUGGAGGGGUCUGGCCGGGGGGAGCGCUUGUUUGGGCAGUGGGCCCGGACCUGGCCCUACAGAUUACAUUCUGUGACCUUUCUCUUUACUCCGUGCAUGUUCUUUCUGCCGCUGCCUUUUAGCCCAGGUGGUUUCACGGGGUUGGGGUGGAGGGGGGGGGGCGCUGGCGCUGAGUGACAAGGAUGGGAACCCAAAGGUGCAUUCUAUUGCAGACUCUUCCCUAGUCAAUGAAGGGGGGUUCCGUGCUCCUAGGGAGCAGGCAGGGUGAUUGCUCCCUGGCCGUCAGCCUCUGCUACUGAGCUCUCCUCUAGGAAUUUUAAUGACCUCUUUUCAGCCUGUGCCACCUCUCUAGGUAAGCUGGCUUCCCCACCGGCCCCGGCGCUUCCCUCCAGUCGUGUGGCUCCCACCUGGGCCACCCCUUCUGUCCUGAUCCUCUUUCCUCAACAGUGACUUGGGCUUGAGCCUGGCAAGGAACCUCACUUUUAGCUGCUUCUCUGGAGAGACUGAACCCCUCCCAGAACAAGAGCUGGGAACACAGGGGAUGUGGUACGAGAGCCCAGGUUCCUCUGGCCCGCCCUCACACUGUCUUCUCCCUGUAGCUGUCAACCACGGUUGUUCCCUUGCCCCAUGGGUGAGGGAGAGCAGCUACUGGGUACCCAUUGCACCUGCCCAGUGAGCUGGGGAAAGAGGAUAGUCAGUAUGCACUGCUCUGCUCAGAGCUCCUGACCCAAUGCCCUGGGAACCAAGACCAGGCCAACGCCUCCACGAGACCAGGCUCUGGCGGCAACCCAGAGCUGCUGGAGGUGGGAGGGAGCCCAGCUUCUGUGUUUCUUGCUCUCCCCUCUCAAUGUUACUUGAGCUCCUUAUCCUCAGCUAGAAUCUUCUGAGCUUGUUUCCCCACUGGGUGGGACAGAGUACAAAGGAGAAGGGAGGAUCUAGAAGAGGCAACCCUUCUUUGUCCUCUGGGGUAAAUGAGCUUGACCUAGUGCAAAUGGAGAGACCAAAAGCCUCUGAUUUUUAAUUUCCAUAAAACUGUUAGAGAGAGAAGUAUAUAUAUAUUUCUUUAAAUUUUUGAGUCUUUGAUAUGUCUCUACAAACAAUCCAUUCCCUCUGCCCUGAAGCCUGAGUGAGACACAUGAAAAAGCUGUGUGUGUGUUUCAUUCAAAGGUGUUAAUUAAAUGAUUAAAACUUG